AUGACAACGCAAAACCAAGCACCCGUGAUCAUCAUAGGCGGUAGCCUCGUAGGCCUCGCCAGCGCGCUCUUCCUCUCGGCCCGUGACGUCCCCGUCGUCCUUUUGGAGCGCCACGCCGCGAGCUCACCGCACCCGCGCGCCAUCGGAUACACCUCGCGGACGCUGGAGCUCCUGCAGACUGUUGGAAUCUCCCCCGACCAGCUGCGUGUCGGAUCGGGCCGGCAGGGGGGCAAGCCUCGCCGGGUAAAGGUCAAGAGUCUGGCAGGGGAGUGGGCUGAUGAGCAGCUUUGGAAUACGAAUGCCAAGGCGGAGAGCGGUGGUCCGGCGGGCGGGUCACAUCCGCCAACAGGGGGCAAAGUCUACGCUCCCAUUAUGGGCACGGCCAUUGCCCAGGACCGUCUGGAACCCAUCCUCCGCAAGCGCGCCGUCGAGCUCGGCGCGGAUCUCCGGCUGGGUUGGACGAUGACCGGCUGGAGCCAGUCCGCCGACGGCGUGAAGGUCACGGCGAGCAGGAAAGAAUCAGCGGAACAAGUCGUCAUCGAGGGGUCCUACAUUGUCGCCUGCGACGGGGCGCGCAGCGUCUUCCGCGAGGGGUUGGGGAUUUCGACCACGGGGGUGGGGCACCUGCGGAGUUUGUGCAGUAUCAUGUUCCGGUGCGCGCCGAUUGAAAAGUACUUGGAGCGGGGAUUCGUGCAGUUUUCGAUUGAAGGGCGGGAUGAUGGGUUUGAGGCCUUUUUGGUGAGUUAUCAGGAUGGGAGGUGGGCUUUGAUGUGGAAUGCUGCCGAGGAGACGAGGAACAAGAAGAAGGACAACAACAACAAGGGCGACACCAAGGACGACAACAAAGAUACCAUCGACGUCAGCAGCAGCAGCAGCAGCAGCAGCAACAUGGACGCCCGCGCGCAAAAGGACCUCAUUCGCAAAGCCCUCGGUCUCGGCGAGGACGAGAUCCAGGACGGUGACGUGGAGCUGGUGACGAUUGGGUUCUGGGAGAUGAGCGCGCGGAUCGCCGAGCGGUUUUCGCGGGGACGAGUGUUUCUCGCCGGGGACGCGGCGCAUACGUUGCCGCCGAACCGGGGCGGGUACGGCGCCAACACGGGGUUCGCGGACGCGCAUAACCUUGCGUGGAAGAUUGCUGCUGUGCGAGGGGGGCAUGCGGACCCGGCGUUGUUGGAGACGUAUGAUGAGGAGAGGAGGCCUGUUGCGCUGGUGAGGCAUGAUCAGCUUUUUGCGAGGGAUGAUUAUAAGGCGUAUGUGAGGGGUGCGGAGGGGAAGGAGAGUAAGGGGGUUGAGGUUCUUGAUGAUGUGGCCAUGGAGCUGGGGCAGAUUUAUCGGUCGAGGGGGGUGGUUUUGGGGGUUGACGGGGCGGGGUUGCCUGAUGCGUUGAGGCCUGAUGAGUGGAAGGGUCAGCCGGGGACGAGGGCGCCUCACGUGGCGAUGAGGAGGCGGGAUGGCGAGGUGAUUUCGAGUCUGGAUUUGUUUGGGCGUGGGUGGGUUUUGCUUUCGAGGGAGGCGGGGUGGAGGGGGGCUGUUGAGGGGACGGCUGUUGGGUGUGAGUUUGUCCAUGUGGGGAGGGAGGUUUUCGAGGUUGAUGAGAGGGAGAGUGAGGGGUUUGAGGCGACGUUUGGGGUUGGGAGGUCCGGGGCUGUGUUGGUUCGGCCGGAUGGGUUUAUUGGGUGGAGGGUGGGUGAGAGGCGAGAGGAUGCUGAUGAGGUCUUUGGUACGGCUUUUGAGAGGGUUUCUUUUUGCGGUGCUGUGAGGGUUGACUGA